GUAAUAGUAAUCGCAUCAGGGUCAUAUGACAAGCCCGCAGUUCCUCCCAAACAUUACGCUCUAGCAACCGCUCACAGUUCGAGAACGCCGAGAAAAACAAAGCCAAAGUGGUGGAAUUUAUCAGUCGCGGAAAUGUUGGCGCUGAUUAACCGUUUCCUAGACUGGGUCAAGUCCCUGUUUUGGAAGGAGGAGAUGGAGUUAACGCUUGUUGGGCUUCAGUAUUCGGGAAAAACCACGUUUGUCAAUGUGAUAGCUUCUGGACAAUUCAGCGAAGACAUGAUUCCAACAGUUGGAUUCAACAUGCGGAAGGUCACAAAAGGAAAUGUCACAAUUAAGAUUUGGGAUAUAGGAGGACAACCCAGGUUUAGGAGCAUGUGGGAACGGUACUGUCGAGGAGUAAACGCCAUCGUGUACAUGGUGGAUGCAGCGGAUCGAGACAAAGUAGAAGCUUCCAGGAACGAGCUGCAUAAUCUGUUAGACAAGCCACAGUUACAAGGAAUCCCUGUAUUGGUACUUGGUAACAAGAGGGAUCUACCUAAUGCACUGGAUGAGAAACAGCUUAUUGAAAAAAUGAAUUUGUCUGCUAUUCAAGACAGGGAGAUCUGCUGUUACUCCAUUUCCUGCAAAGAGAAAGAUAACAUUGACAUCACACUGCAGUGGCUAAUCCAGCAUUCGAAAACGCGGAGAAGUUGAAAGCCGUGUUUAAGAUUCACGUGCUGACACGUUCCUCUCACACCCAUCCUGCUUACUCUGUGAAACUGUACAGUCGUCGCAUCACACUAUUUCCACCACAGUUGGUCGCAGAUAUCCAUAUCACACCCAUCAUUGCCAAGAGCCAGCCUUCUGAACCUAUCGCUAAAUGAUGUAAGCCUGCAGUUUUCAGCCAACUCCUCCUCCUUUUUGAGAAGAUCUCCCACCUGCUAAAACAAAAGCUCGGCUUUCUCUAUUCUACAAACUAGCUUCAUUUUCUUAAGGGAUUUAAACCUCCAGUCAGUCCUAUUUCCAAAUCAUGGGAAAUUAAAGACAUUUCUGUUUUUUCCUCCCCUCACUAAAGUAUACCAGGUCUUGCUCAUGUGAGAAUGUAAUUGUGUAUGACUGUUGCCUCUCUCUGUCUUGCUCUCUCUUCUUCUGGCCAAAAGAUUUCUCCAGAGAAAGCAGUUUAUUAUAUUUAAUUAAGGAGUGAUUUGAGAAGUCAGCAAAAAUAUCUUGACACGUAUGUACAAAUAUUGAUCACGUAACUAUUUUUUACUAUGUUGAGCAGAAAUAUAUUUAAGUGAAUGUAUUAAAGGGUUAGGUGUAGUCUUUCAUUCAACUCAAUGAUGUCUUGCUGUGGGUAAGCUGGAAGAGAGAGGCAGCAAAGUUCAAAGUGCCUUGUGCAGCAGACGUCACCCUGAAGAGUAACAGUAUGCUAGGUGGGUCUGCCUAGAACCCCAUUCACCUAUAAAGAAAUCAAAACCAAUAUAAUCGGCAUGCUUUUAAGGUAGAUCGUUGUACCAGUUGCUAAUCUGAACAUCUCUGUGAAGAGAAAAAUAUUUGAAGCCCUCACUAUCAAUGCACUUUUGUAAAUAUAUACCAAUAAAUAAUUCUUGACAUCUGAAAGAAAAGCAUAUUUUGUAAAUUAACUCAACCUAAGUAAAUCUCUUACACAACCAAAUUAACAAAGUUAAAGAUGUGUUUCUUGGAGAUUGUUAAAAAUGUUAAUUGUUAUUUUAAUAGUCCAACACCUGUUGAUGAAGUGUCUCGCAUAACUCUAAUAAUUUCAAAUGUUGAAUCCCAAAGUACAUAUGAAUAAAGAAAAAGGCACAUGA